GCGGAGCGCUGCUCGCACGUGGGGAGCGGUUAAACCGCAGCGGGGCGGAGGGAGACGGUGCGGGGCUGCCGGUGGACUCCGGGUACCUCCGCUCCUCCCGGGGGUGUGGGUGCAGGUGGCCAUGGAUGAGCAGAAGGCGGUGAUAAAGGACACGGACAUGUUGGAGGAGAUGCAGGAGCAGGCUGUGCAGUGUGCCGUUUUGGCCAUAGAGAAGUACAGCGUUGAAAGAGAAAUCGCUGCCCUUAUAAAGAGGGAGUUUGAGAAGAUGUACAGCCCCACUUGGCACUGCGUUGUAGGAAGGAAGUUUGGCAGCUAUGUGUCUCACGAGACCAAGCACUUCAUUUUCUUCCUGGUGCGUGGCCUCAAUGUGCUCCUGUUCAAGGCUGGGUAGCAGCUAUUGCUGGAAGCUGCAGUGCUGUGCAGGCUGCAGGUGACAGCACAGUGCUUCUGGGACGCUGUUGUGUUCGGCACGGGAAAAAAAAAAAGAAUAGUUAUUUGUUUUUAUUUCCGAA